GCAGCACCAGCAGGAGCCAGCAGCUCGCCCAGAGUGGAUAGGCCAGGGACAGACAAUUUGACAAAGCCUCCGCCCGUCCUCUCAACUCCCGCAACCCGCAUCAUCACCACCACCCUCAACACCCGCCUGCUCCCAUUGAUUGCGCGCUCCUGCCCCGCAGUCAAUCGGACCCGUUGCUGGAUUCCCACAGGCCAUCGCCAGACCUCCCGCCAUCAUGCUUGUGAGAGCGGCUCGCCCGGCCCUCAGGGCUGGCGCUGCGGCCAUUCCUGCCCGCACUGCCAACACUGCCGCCGGCUAUGCGACCCUGCGUGAGAUCGAGUCUCGUCUCAAGUCGAUUCGCAACAUUGAGAAGAUCACCAAGACGAUGAAGAUUGUCGCCUCUACCAAGCUCACCCGUGCUCAGCGUGCCAUGAACGACUCCAAGGCGUAUGGCGAGACCUCCAACAAGGUCUUCGAGUCCGCCGAGACCAAGGGCCUCGAGGCUGAGGGCAAGAAGACCCUCUACGUCAUCUGCAGCUCCGACAAGGGCCUCUGCGGUGGUGUCCACUCUGGUCUCUCUCGUUACAUGCGCCGCACCCUCGCCGGUGGUGAGGCUGCUGACCUCGUCCUCAUCGGCGAGAAGUCUCGUGCUCAGCUCAGCCGUUCCAACCCCGACAACAUUGUCCUCAGCUUCGCCGGUAUUGGCAAGGACGUUCCCACCUUUGCCGAUGCUCAGGCCAUCGCCGACCAGAUUGUCCGCCUCGAGGGUGACUACGCCGACAUCAAGAUUGUCUACAACAAGUUCAUCAACGCCACCAGCUACGAGCCCGAGAUCAUCCCUGCCUUCUCUGAGGAGGCCAUCGCCGCCUCUCCCAACUUCUCCGCCUUCGAGGUUGAUGAGGAGCUCCUCGGCAACCUCCGCGAGUACGCCCUGGCCAACUCGCUGUACUGGGCUCUUGCCGAGGGCCACGCUUGCGAGAUCUCUGCUCGUCGCAACGCCAUGGAUAACGCUUCCAAGAACGCUGGUGAGAUGAUCCAGAAGAACCAGAUUCUGUACAACAGAACUCGCCAAGCCGUCAUUACCGGAGAGCUGGUCGAGAUUAUCACUGGUGCCACCGCUUCCGCGGACAUGUAGAGAGCGACCUGAGACUUGUAAUAGACUCAAAAAAGCAAGGCGAAGAAUUGUUGCACAGAGCAUAUCCUUUUCUCUUCUUCCCUGGGCCAUUAUAAACCCCGCGUUGAAGCAGCGAUAUGGGGUUUGUGACUAGGCGGCGACUAAAGAGGCGGCGAAUACCCGACCCUUCCACGUCGUUGCCCGGUUCCUUGGCCUCGGAGGAGAGUUGAACGUGAAGAGCUCGAAAGACCUUCUUCCCUUUGUAUUAAAGUACCCUAUUCCGCAAAUUUCAAACAAAGUGUACCAACGUCUCAAAAAAAGAGAUCCUCCAACGUACCCAGCAUACCGCGGAUGACCAGUGAUGUGCGAUAGAGAGAGCGGAUAUGACGUUAGCAUGAGACUUGGGAUAUGUUGCCAUUUUGCAGGAACCUUUGGUCCGCGAACGCAUUCAAUUCUGGUCAUUUUUGAGCAGGAGCGCUAUCUACAUCAAAUUGCGCAUUUCCCCGUGGCGUGAAU